AGAUGCCACCUAGUAACAAAUUUUAACAUGUUUAUGAGCGUUAUUACUAGGGUCUCAUUAUUAAGAAUUUUAUAGUUAAAUUAAUUUUGCACACAAUUUAUUUAUGAACUUAAUUUUUUUUUUCUGGCGCCAUCUGUUGUUAAGAAUCGUCACUUCUGUCUUUCCUUGCUGCCUCCGGCUCCUGCUCAGCAAGGUUACGUCGGUUACGAUGGCCUCUGUUUUGGGAGCCGCUGCAAGGCUUUUGCAGUGUAAAGCGCCUAGCGCAGUGCUACCCAAAUUUGGAAGCUGUCUCUUCUUUGUCAGGGGCAGCCGGUACUAUCCAGAUGCUGAGUUUAUGAAACAGUUCGAUAAUGUAGUCUUCUACCCUGACGAGGUCUCUUCACAGUUCGUGAAGCUGCCACGGAACAGAAACAUCCCCCCAAUCGAGAAGAAGGUGCGGAACAUGCAGAUCAACUUUGGUCCACAGCACCCAGCAGCUCACGGUGUCUUGAGGCUUGUCUUGGAACUGGAAGGAGAGACAGUGGUGCGUGCAGACCCGCACAUUGGCCUUCUUCACCGCGGUACAGAGAAGCUCAUGGAGUACAAGACGUACACUCAGGCAUUGCCCUACAUGGAUCGGCUCGACUAUGUGUCCAUGAUGGCCAAUGAGCAGUGCUACUCACUGGCCGUGGAGAAGCUGCUUAACAUCGACAUCCCCAAGCGUGCCAAGUACAUCCGAGUUCUCUUCGGGGAAAUCACGAGGAUCCUGAAUCACAUCAUGGCCGUCGGCACACACUGCCUGGACAUUGGCGGCUUGACACCCUUCUUCUGGCUCUUUGAGGAGCGAGAAAAGCUGAUGGAGUUCUACGAGCGCGUGAGCGGGGCCCGCAUGCAUGCGGCGUACGUGCGCCCCGGGGGCGUUGCCCAGGACAUGCCCCUGGGCCUGCUGGACGACAUCUACGACUGGGCCCAGAAGUUCAGCCAGCGGCUGGACGAGGUGGAGGACCUGCUUACGGGCAAUCGCAUCUGGAGGCAGCGCACCAUCGAUAUCGGCGUCAUCUCCGCCGAGGACGCCCUCGACUGGGGAUGCAGUGGAGUCAUGCUACGUGGUUCGGGCAUCAAGUGGGAUCUCAGGAAGACCCAGCCGUACGACUCGUACGAAGAUUUCGAGUUUGAAGUUCCGGUCGGUCUUAAAGGAGAUUGCUACGACAGGUACCUCUGUCGCAUGGAAGAGAUGCGGCAGAGCCUGCUCAUCAUCCACCAGUGCCUCAACAAAAUGCCGCCGGGCCCUGUCAGGACGGACGACAAUAAGUGCGUUCCACCUUCCAGAGAGGAGAUGAAGACGUCAAUGGAAGCUCUGAUCCACCACUUCAAGCUGUUUACUGAAGGCUACCAAGUGCCUCCUGGUGCGACAUACACAGCUGUGGAAGCACCAAAAGGGGAAUUCGGCCUCUACAUGAUCUCUGACGGAUCAAGUCGUCCAUACCGGUGCAAGAUCAAGGCCCCCGGUUUUGCCCAUCUGUCUGCCCUGGACUUCAUUGGAAGGAACCACAUGCUUGCUGACAUAGUGGCUAUAAUUGGUACCCUGGAUGUCGUAUUUGGAGAAAUUGAUCGCUAGCUGGCAAGGGAAGCCAUAGCGUGUUCUCGAGUACUUUGUGGCAUAGUAGUUAUGCCUGCACAUAGCAGCACUGCUCUUUAGAGGCUGCCUGCAAGUGGAUCUAGAGGCCAAACCUGUACAUCUGGAGGCAAUGCAGUUAUAAUAAAGGCUUCUUGAGAAACA